AGAGGCUCAACAUUGAAAUAAUGUAGGCCUGUGUACAUUGUACAGGAAGGUUUGAGGAGGUAUAUUUUGUGAUACUGCACAUCUACAGGAAGCCAUGCCCGUCCUAGGCCGACCUAGCAAGCGGUCCAGUGGUGGGAAACAUCCAUGUCAGACGAUAGAUCGCCUGAGAGAGGACACGCGUAAGAGCGUGUGGUAUGUCUUUGAUACACUCUCCAAUAUCUCCACUGGCAAGGUCAUGAAGUCACAACUCAAGGUACUGACAUCUACCAUUGGCCUGGUGCUGUCUAUGGACAAGGCGGAGGAGAUCCUUAACAAAGAGAACAGUACUAACGACCUAUCAUACCUAGAAUUCAUCAAAAUCCUGGAGGAAGAGGUAUUCAGAAAAGUCGACAACAACACAUUGGAGAAACUCAACUUGACAGACAAUGACCUUGAGGAGGUCCACAGAAACUGUUGGGUUUUAUACUUCAAAGUUAAAAAGGAACCCAAGGGAUCCAUGGAAAAUCUUAAGGCACUACCUGAAGAGGCCUGCUACAAACUGUGGAGGGUGUACAACUUCCUUGCAGAGGAGGACGAGGAGGGCAUGCCACUUCUUCCAGUGCAGAUUCAUGUUGACGAGGCUAAGCAAAUUGUAGAAUCUUUUGUAGAAAGUACCAGUCAAGUGACGUUAUUGGCAAAAAUUGAUGACAUCAUAAAAUCUUAUUCCAUGCAAGACGGAAUGUCCUUCCAAACAUUUGAGACCAUGAUUGUUAAUCGUUUCACCACAGAUCUGACUGAUGUUGCGAUCAAACAAGCGACCAAAGAACUGUUUCAGCAAUAUAUCAGUGACACCAUUAUCAAGGGUAUGUUGUGUAAGCGAGGAUAUCAGGUUAAACACUGGAAGGACCGCUGGAUGGUUCUCAAUACCAGGCAGCUUACUUACUACACUGCUUCUGACGAACGAGAAAAGAAAGGUGAAAUUCGACUCGACCAAGAUUGUAAAGUUGAGGUAAUACCGGAUGCUGGUAUGAAAAGUGGUUCAAAACCGAACAAAUUCGUUCUUAAAACUUCAGCCAAGCCUUAUGAAAUGAGCGCCCAUGAUAUAAAAACCCGGAACGACUGGAUGACAGCCCUCCAGAAAGCAAUAGAUAAAUGCUCGGACAAGAACUAUCAUUUCCACAGAACAGAAGCAAAAGAGCGACAAAAGGUUCGUCGGGAAGGUCGGCGACAGAGAGAAGAAGAAGAAAGACGAAGAAAAGAAGAGGAGGAAUCACUUCAAAAAAUGAGAGAUUUGCUUAAAAAGAAACAAGAAGAGGAGGAGCAACAAAGACUUCAACAUUUAAAGGAACUAGAAAAUGCCAGACUGAAAUUAGAAGAGGAAGAAAAACAAAGAUUACAACAGUUAGAAGAACUAGAAAAGGCCAGAAUGAACCAAUUAGAUUUGGAAGCAAGACUACAGGCUGAGGAAGCCUUACGUAAGCAGGAGCAGCAGAGACUUCGGGAACUGGAGGAAAUAAAGAAAGAGUUGGAGAGGUUACUGGAGGAAGAAAGACAGGCCAAGCGAGACGAGGAGAUCGUGCGGGCAUUACAGGCUAGAUUGCUAGAUGAGGAGAUGGAGAAGAGAGAGGAACUUGAAACGUUACGGCGUGAACAGGAGGAACUGCUGAUGCAAGAGAGAUCACGUCGUGAAGGUUUAGAAGAACACCAAAUGGAACAAUCUCGUAAACUACAGGAAGCUGCAGAGACCCUUAAAAAGCUCGAGGCUCAAAGACGGGCCGCCGAACAGCAUUUAUCGGAGGCGUCAGAGAAGUUACAAGUGGCCGAGAAGGAACGUGUCAAAUUGGAACAUAAGGUAAAACUGUGGAAGACACCUACUGUGGGAUUGGCGAGACCAUUACCACCCAAAGUGGACCAAGUGACCACUCAUAGAGGAUUAGGUGCUUUCUGUGAGGAAGACUUUUCAAAACCUGUCAAAACCCAAACAAGUGUCGACGAAAGCGGAAGUGGUAUUGAAACAGAUCAAUCGACCGAUGACAAAGUGACACCCACAGAACCGGCUACUGAAAUAAACAAAGAAAUAGACAACACAAACAAUGAGGAACAGCUAAUGUUUAAACAAAAGAGUAACAUCUCAGAUGAUUCAAACCAGGAACCUAUUAAAUCUGAUAGCGUCAUAGAAUAUGAACCUGAAGGAAACAAAGCACCAGAUUCAUUCAAUGCUUUGGGGGACAAUGGAGACUCACAAUCAGAACUAGUCGAAUUAACAUAGAUCAUCAGUGACAUAUUAAACAGCUGGUGACAAGUAACGCCCUGCUGUCAUGGUACUAGUCGCACUUUCAGGCUUGUAUAUUGCAUGGUUUAGGUUUUUGUCUAAUAGUCAAAUCAAAUCGUUGAAAUUAUAUUCAUAUCAAAGGCAUAAUGCUGACUCCACUCAAUGAAAUCAUAAAGAUUCUAAAAGGAUCAGAUCUGUUAAUGUUUUGAUUUUCCAAGUAUACAGAGGAUUUGGAAGGUAUUGUAUUAUCAUUUUUUGUUAUCAUCUUGUGUUCUUUUUUUCUAAUUUUUGAUCUGAGAUAUGUUGUGUAGUUUGCCAGGUGCCUAAUAUUAAAGUAAUACUUCCUGCUUGGAAA